ACUGCGUGUCUUUUGUAAUACAGAAAAGUCAUCUGUUUGGAAGAACGCUUCUACAGACUUGCCAUGAUCGCAUCAAGCUCCAUGUUUCACACUGUAAACCAAAAUACUGCAUAAAGGAGAAUCAUUUGGACAUGUGUUGUCGACAUAUCCUGCGUCUUGGACUUAUUCUCAUCGUAUUUAGUGUCGCGAAUCAAGCUACAUAUACCCCUUUGUCUGUAUAUAUUGGGGAGGAAGCUGUCCUUUCCUGCGGACAUGACCCAGGAAACAGUUUAAUAGUCUUAAACUGGAUUGUUGAACUUACAGAUCAACCACAGUGCACCAUUUCGUACGAUACUGAGGACAACAAAACACAGAACAACUGCAGUAAAAGGAUUAAAUUGGACAAUUUGUCUCUUCAUAUAUUCGACAGCAAACCAAUCGAUGACGGAUUCUAUCGCUGUGAAAUUUCCGAUCCAACUGGAGUAUUCUCUAUGACGUUUACUUUGCAAGUAUUAGUUCAACCUUCCCUAAUACUCGAGCUAAACAGCGAUGGACAUCUUGAGUGCCUUGCUCUAGGUGGAAAUCCAGCUGCCAACAUAUCUUGGAGUCCGGAACCACAAUAUGGAAACACUACAGAAAAACGAAUGUCAAACAUGACAUGGGCGACCGUUAGCACCUACACUAAAGAAAAUAUCAGCGUAUCCAAUAUGACUUGUGUGAUAUCUCACCCUACAUUUGCAGAGGAUAAAUUCAUGACAAUGAAUGAUACUGAUCGAUCCAUUCCUUUAUGGGUUGUGCUGGCUACAGUUAUCUUUAUAAUCUCUACGAUCAUCUUGGGAUGGCUUAUCUUCUGGCAAAGAUCAAAUAUCAGAAAAUGCCUUAGGGUGGACAAACCCAACACGGCCUCUGUAAACCAAGGACGGGAUAAUGCACAGCAGAAUACAGAAGAAGUGGAACCUUACGCAAGCUUCACUCAGAAAAUAAACACUAUUUACAAUUCCACACCUCAGCUCUCCAAAUCAGACAAAAUCUACUGGACAGUGGACAACAACUCCUAAGAAAAUUUCAAAAAAAUCAUGAAAACAUGUCUUUUCUACUAAUUGGAGUUAAAAUAUCACAUUUAUAACAUGAUUGCCGUUUAUAUAACUUGGAUGUGCAACUAUAAACCCCUUUUCAGAGAGCUGGCUUAAAAGUGAGGGAGUAGAUAUUAGUUCCAACAGUGGAAAACCAACAUACUUUCGAUGACCACAAACCCUGGAGUACUAACCGCUUGCGAUAUAAGGAAGGCUCAUUGAGUAUUUAUGGAUCAAACUAUGAAUUUGCCUGAACUUUCAUGAGUGAAGUUUUUAAU